AUGUCUGCGCUGGCAUCCCUCCCUUUCACAGCUGUCAACUCAAUUUCUGCGCUCUUUUCUUGGUUCUUGUUCUGGUUCCUCUCGAUCGACUCGACAAGCACACCUGCUCUGCUCUUAUUUCUCUUCCUUCCCCCACCCCAAUUUCUCGCCAGUUCUCCCACCCAGCCGUCGCUCUCGCUCCCAUCCCGCCGUAUCCUCUCCCUCACUACCCGCCUUCACCUCUCCUAUUCACCUCACAGUCACUCAGUCCCACCCCGCGAUCUCCUCUUCCUUACCUCCCCGUCGUCGCCUCUCCCUCCUCCCCGUCGUCGCCUCUCCCUCCUCCCCGUCGUCGCCUCUCCCUUACCUCCCCGCCGUCGCCUCUCACUCCUCCCCGCCGAUUCGCCUUUCCCUCCUCCCCGCCGUCGCCUCUCCCUCCUCCCCGUCGUCGCCUCUCCCUUACCUCCCCGCCGUCGCCUCUCACUCCUCCCCGCCGUCGCCUCUCACUCCUCCCCGCCGAUUCGCCUUUCCCUCCUCCCCGCCGUCGCCUCUCCCUCCUCCCCGUCGUCGCCUCUCCCUUACCUCCCCGCCGUCGCCUCUCACUCCUCCCCGCCGUCGCCUCUCACUCCUCCCCGCCGAUUCGCCUUUCCCUCCUCCCCGCCGUCGCCUCUCCCUCCUCCCCGCCGUCGCCUCUCCCUCCUCCCCGCCGUCGCCUCUCCCUCCUCCCCGCCGUCGCCUCUCCCUCCUCCCCGCCGUCGCCUCUCCCUCCUCCCCGCCGUCGCCUCUCCCUCCUCCCCGCCGUCGCCUCUCCCUCCUCCCCGCCGUCGCCUCUCCCUCCUCCCCGCCGUCGCCUCUCCCUCCUCCCCGCCGUCGCCUCUCCCUCCUCCCCGCCGUCGCCUCUCCCUCCUCCCCGCCGUCGCCUCUCCCUCCUCCCCGCCGUCGCCUCUCCCUCCUCCCCGCCGUCGCCUCUCCCUCCUCCCCGCCGUCGCCUCUCCCUCCACGCGGUUGCCUCUCCCUCCUCCCCGCCGUCGCCUCUCCCUCCUCCCCGCCGUCGCCUCUCCCUCCUCCCCGCCGUCGCCUCUCCCUCCCUACUUUGUUUUUUAG